GUCAUGGCUGCUCCGUUGGUCAGGAUUUUCUCUAAGUCUUGCAGACAGCUCUGUCGCCCUUGGGCUGCAAGUCAAGUAGGAUGGAGGACCAGGUCCACGAAAUCUUCCCCAGAUAUGGCUUCAGAGCUGGCAGCUGAUGUGGUCGCCUUCCCUCCCCUGCAGACAUAUUCAGAGGAGGAGAGCAUGAUGAGGGAAGCAGUGAAAAAGUAUGCACAAGAGUGCAUUGCUCCCUUUGUGUCAAAGAUGGAUGAAAAUUCUGUCAUGGAUGAAGAAGUGUUAAGAUCUCUCUUUGAACAGGGAUUAAUGGGUAUUGAGAUCGACCCACAAUACGGUGGCACUGGCUCAUCGUUCUUCUCCUCCAUUCUGGUCAUUGAGGAACUGGCAAAGGUUGACCCCUCUGUGGCUGUGCUCUGUGACAUCCAGAACACACUGAUCAACACACUGUUUUCCAAACUGGGUACACCAGCUCAGAAAGAGCAAUACCUCAGCCGACUGUCAACUGACAUGAUUGGUAGCUUUUGUCUUUCUGAGGCACAGUCAGGGAGUGACGCCUUUGCACUGAAAACACGUGCUGAAAAACACAAGGACUAUUACAUCAUCAAUGGAUCCAAGUUGUGGAUCAGUAAUGCAGAGCAUGCAGGUGUAUUCCUGGUGAUGGCCAAUGUAGACCCCUCUGCUGGAUACAAAGGCAUCACCUGCUUCAUUGUGGACCGGGACACAGAGGGGCUUGAGAUUUGCAAAAAGGAGAACAAGCUCGGCCUGCGUGCAUCCUCCACCUGCCCACUCAACUUGGACAAUGUCAAGGUACCGGAGCAGAACAUUUUGGGAAACAUCGGUCAUGGGUACAAGUAUGCCAUUGGAAUGUUGAAUGAAGGCAGGAUUGGAAUUGCUGCUCAGAUGUUGGGGCUGGCACAGGGUUGCUUUGACAACACUAUUCCAUACACCAGGCAGAGGAUGCAGUUUGGAAAACGUAUCUUUGACUUUCAGGGCAUGCAGCACCAAAUAGCCCAUGUAGCAACACAGAUUGAAGCUGCUCGGCUGCUGACCUACAACGCUGCUCGUUUGAAGCAAGCCGGCAGACCUUUCAUUAAGGAGGCUUGCAUGGCUAAAUACUUUACUGCAGAGGUUGCGACCUUAACCACAUCUAAAUGCAUUGAAUGGAUGGGUGGAGUGGGCUUCACCAAAGACUACCCCAUAGAGAAAUACUACAGAGAUUGUAAAAUUGGCACCAUUUAUGAGGGCACGACAAAUGUCCAGCUAUCUACUAUGGCCAAGUUCAUUGAUAAGGAGUAUGACCACUGAAAACCAUGUGACUGGAUCCUUAUAGAUUGCACUCUGCUGUGUUACACUCCAUAGCUGUAGACCUGUUUUUAUGUUACUGGUUUGUUGCAGUUGCAUAUGUUUGCCUUUUAAUAUUACCACCUUGUACUCUUGCAAACUUAAAUAGUUUUAGUAUGUUGCUCCUUCCCAUUUCUGAUGUUACUAAUGUGGUUACUUCUGUUCAGCUCCUUUGGUUAAAGUUGCCCUGGUGUAAUAAUGCUUUUUACUUCCCAUUUGCUUUCUAAGAGACUUUUUCAAAAAUCAAGGACUGUCAAACGUAGAUUCAAACCACAUCCUUCUUGUUUGUACUUGUCCUCUCGUCCACCUGCUCAUCAAUUAUGUCCAAAAACAUGACUUCACAUUUCUGUUUUGAUACAGACCCACACAUUUUCAAUAUUAAAUUAAAGUGUUGCUUUCAGUAUGAGAAUGAAUUUUUAAAAAAUGUUUCUUCGAAUGUUUCAGUGCCUUCAGGAAGUUUGUAUUGCCUGCGAUCAAUAACUUAGUAGUAUUUUUUUUCUGUGUAAAAUACUUCAAAACAGGUGAUUGUAAUGGUUCACUCACUAAUAUGGUCGAUAAAUACUGUACAGUUCAUUUUUCAGAAUAUGAGAAAAAUAAAUCACAAGAAGUUAUUAUCUGUAAAAUAUCCAUAUCUGUGAAUAACUUAAACAAUAUCAAUAAAUGUGAA